AUGGCUUUGGCUAAAGCUGGCAUAAAUCUGGCUGGACGUGUCUUCAGCGUCACCGGGGGUGCAUCUGGUAUGGGCUUUGCGACGGCAGCUCUACUUGCUCAACAUAGCGCGAAAGCCAUUUGGAUUGCUGACCGACAGACAAAGCUAUUCGAUACAGUCCGUACGAAACUUUCAGCGAUUAAUCCAUCUGUUGCAGUCCAUCUAGACGAUGUUGAUGUUAGCAAUUCUUCCCAAGUCGAUAAAUGGGUCGAUAGUAUUAUCGCUCAGGACGGAGUUCUCCAUGGCGCUGCAAAUAUUGCAGGCCUCCCACAAUUCGCUCUUAGAGGCGAAUCGUCAAUGCCAUGGCUUUUACAGGAGACAGACGAAAAGUGGCGUCAAGUUCAUUCAGUCAAUUCGGACGGUAUAAUGUAUUGUACACGUGCUCAAUUCCGAGUUAUGUACAAAAAUCCUGAGAGCAAUCCGUCUAUCGUAAAUCUUACGAGCAUGGCAGCAUUACUUCAUGUUGGCGGAGCUUAUGCCUACUCUACAAGUAAAGCGGCCGCUGAGCAUUUUACACGUAGUUCUGCUGCAGACGGGAAGAGAUUUGGUAUACGAGUUAAUGGCGUUCUCCCAGGUAUGUCCACUACGCCUAUGAUGAAACAGUUUUUUGGAGCGAGUAUUGAAGACGCACAGAAGGCACUUGAUCAGGAGGGACUUCCAGGUGCUGUAGAACCAGAAGAUGUUGCGCAAAGUAUCGUUUGGCUACUGAGUGAAAAUGCUUCCCAGGUGAAUGGUGUCAGCCUUCCAGUAGCAAUGAGCCCCCCAUAG